GAGUAGCUGACAUUUCGGAAACAAGAAUCUUGUUAUAUUUUAAGUUGUUUGCCAAUUAAAGUUGGACCCGAAAGGUCUGACAAUGGGGAAAACUUCUAAGGACAAACGCGAUAUCUAUUAUCGCCAAGCCAAAGAGGAAGGCUGGCGAGCGCGCAGUGCAUUUAAAUUGAUGCACAUCGACGAGGCGUUUGACAUUUUCAAAGGUGUGCAUCGGGCUGUCGAUCUCUGUGCAGCACCUGGCAGCUGGUCUCAGGUGUUGUCUCGUAAGCUGUUCCACAGCAGCCUCACGGACGAUGAGAAGUUGGCAGUGAAAAUCAUUGCAGUUGAUCUGCAGGCGAUGGCGCCAAUCCGUGGAGUUGUGCAGUUACAGGGCGAUAUAACCAAGGAGAGCACAGCAGAGGCCAUAAUAGCACACUUUGCCAGCGAGGAAGAGAGAAAAGCCCAGCUGGUCGUCUGCGAUGGCGCUCCGGAUGUGACUGGUGUCCACGAGAUGGAUGAAUAUAUGCAGAACCAGCUGAUUGUCUCGGCUUUAAGCAUUGCCACUUUUGUGUUGGAGCCCGGUGGCAGAUUUGUUGCCAAAAUAUUCAAGGGCAAUGACAACUGUCUUCUCGAAUCCCAAAUGCUCACAUUCUUCGAGAGCUUUGACAUCUACAAGCCGCCAAGUUCCCGUCCCUCAAGCAUCGAGGCGUUCGUGGUGUGUCGUGGAUUUCGCUUGCCAAUGGAUUACAUUCCGCAGAUUAUCAAUCCGGCACGGGAUGACAUCAGAGAACUGUCGCGUAAAACUGGAUCUAUGGUUAAUCGACGAAUUGUGCCAUUUAUUGCUUGUGGCGAUUUGAAUGGAGAACAUGACGAACCGAUAGAGGAAUUCGGAGAUUUCACUGUAAGGGAACUUGAAACGGCAUACGACCAGAUGGUACUUGAGCCCGAUUUUGAACAGGACUUUAAGGAACAGCUUAAUGACAUAUUUUUAGAAGAGAUUGCAUUGAAAAAACUAGAAAUAAUCAACUCAUAUUGACUGCAACUACAAAUAAAGAAUACAAACAAAAAUGUAAUAACUUGAGUCACUCUUAAGUAAACAAAUAAAUGUGUGAACCAGGUUAAAUAUACCAUAAA